AUGGAUCCUCUCGACUUCCGCGAAGAUGCUAAGCAAGGCCUACAUUGGGCCAAAGCUCCGAAUUGUGCUAGAAGUGACGAUGAAAUUACCCUCUCGAUGGGAGAUGGGGAGCUUCCUCCGCUGUAUUUCGAAAGUUCUGCGCGGAAGGACCACAUUCGUCGGAUACUCUUGGAUAUCCCGUGCAAGGUCUGCUUCGAUCACUCCUCCGGAAAACACUACGGCAUCUACGCUUGCGACGGAUGCGCGGGCUUCUUCAAGAGGUCCAUCCGACGGAAUAGACACUAUAUCUGCAAAGGCCGCGGAACUCAGGCCAAUCAGUGUCCUGUGGAUAAAACGCACCGCAACCAAUGCAGAGCCUGCAGACUGAGGAAGUGUCUCGAGGCGGGCAUGAACCGAGAAGCUGUGCAACACGAGAGGGGUCCGAGGAAUUCGACUUUGAGGAGACAGGCGGCCAUGUAUCUGAAAGAGGUCAUGGCCGCAGAGUAUAUGCCUCCGAACAGGAACGACGGCGCAGUAUCGUCAUUGCCGCUUUCGCUGCCUAUGCAGGAGCAUCUUUCACCCGAUGUCAAGCAAGCAUAUCCUACGACGCCCUUCCCUCUCAUUAUGCAACUGGCGAGACUGCCUGCGCCGAUCUCGCUGCCUGUUAUGACGCCCCCACCCGUGACUCUGUCCAGACCUCCGGUCCUGACGGGUCAAGCCCUCUGUGAACUUGCCGCUCACAUUUUAUUCCUGAACGUCAGCUACCUCAAGACGCUCACUCAGCUGAGCUCACUGCCACUUUCUGAUCAGCUGUUCCUUCUGGAGUCGUCGUGGAGCGAACUCUUCUUAAUCACCGCCACUCAGAUGGGGCUAUGCCUCCGGAGCGCGAUGAUGCUACUCCCGGACACAACAAAAGACAAAUGGACGCCUCAAGAAAUCAACGAAAUGAUUUCUGUACAAACGCAAUUGCGGCAACAGGCUCUCGAUGACACGGAGUGCCUCCUGCUGAAGACCGUGACCCUCUUCAGUCCGCCGAGCACUCUUCGCGCCUCCCCGCUCAGCGUUUCGACGCGGAGACUUCACGAGGUGCAAGCCGUGCAGCGCCAUCUAGAGGAUGUCAAACGAACCUUGCAAUCCCACGAUAUUCGUACUUAUCCAAAUCAAAUUCGGAGGGCGGACUCUGCUCUCGAUAUGGUCCCGCUGCUUAGAACCGUCUCUCGAGAGUUCAUUCAGGACCUUUUCUUCCGGAAAACGAUCGGAGACGCCGCCAUCGAGAGACUCCUCUGUGACAUGUACAAGGGAAGUUUCUGA